UCUCAGCUGUAACUGAUUCUUUUUGCGACUGAAUGGAACGUGAAUCUCUAAGUGUGGUUUAAUCAUGAUAUACUAUCGCUAAAUGACGCUACCGAGGGUCCAUUAUUUUUUAUUAAGCAUUAUUUCUUACUACACAUAUUGUGUUAAUGCGCCUUAUGUACUUGUAAGAACCGUAUGAUCUAGAUAAAUUUACAUAACCUCAAAAUAUUUUUAUAAAAAAAAUCGAAUCAUGACGUGCUGAUAUAAAUUUAGACACGUAAUUGAUCGAUUUCUUAUGCAUACGCAUUAUAUGGUUAUGCAAAUUUGCCUGGAUAUACUUUAAGAGUAUACAAAUUGUUUGAUUUAUUUAUACGUGGUUGUGUAGUGAUGUAGUCAUUUAGCUUUAGAUAAUCGAUUGUCCAUUGUGUAACAUGACACAUGUAGAUAUUAAGAAUUCUAAUAGUUUAAAACAAGUGCUUUUUUAAUAACAUAUGUCAACACAAUAAUGAGUAUCCAAGCAUAUCAAUCAUUAAACUGUUGUAAUUGUGGACAUUGAACUUAGAUUGCUUAACACGUAAAUAUUGACACAAAUGAUAUCUCUAUGUGCACUCUGUGACAAAAUACAAUACUAUUUCAUGACGUGGACUUUAUAUAUGUUUGUAAAAAUCCACUUGUUACACAAAAAUACUUAUAUACAAUUGCUAAUGAUUACAUAGCAUGAUCACAAUAUUAACAUAAGAUACUCAAUUUAAAAAUAUAUAUACUUAUACUGCACAAGAAUUAUAUUUUUAAAAUGUACAAAAUAAUAUUACAUAUGAAAUAUAUGUACUUAUUUAUUGUUAUAACCAAUAAUGUAAUAGUAAAAUGCGAUUCCUAAUAAAAUGUUAAUUUUUAAUGGAAAUUAAAUUAAAAUCAAAUGGAAUUAUUUAAUAUAUGUAUACAGGUCGGAUAUUGCAAUUUUCUCUAAUUGGCUAUGUGCUACCACUACUUAUCAGUAUGAGUAUAUAUAAGCAUGUGAACUCCGUUUCUUCUUCAGUUAUUCUAGGACAUCCAUUGGUGUUAGAUUGAAUAUAAGGGACUUCUUAUCACAUAUAGCGUUAAGCUAUGAAUGAAGAACAUCUUAACAUUACAAUAGAUGAAAAUGAAAUUAUUGAUGGUGCCAAAGAUAUUAUAAAGAGGAUUAGACCGUCCUGGCCUUUUCAGCAACUGCAUUUCAAGAUAUUUACGGAUGGAAGAACAAAUAAAUUAGUAGGUGUAUGGUACUCAGGACAUUAUACAGAUAUGAUCCUGAUCAGAGUUUAUGGCAAUAAUUCUGAUUUACUGAUUGACAGAAAAAGUGAAAUAGAAAAUAUCCGGAUAUUGAACAAGGCUGGCUAUACUCAUUGCAUUUAUGCUACAUUCAAUAAUGGGUUUGCCUAUCAAUUUCUGGAAGGCGAAACCCUGACUACUGAAACAGUUAAAGACCCAAGUGUGUAUCCAUUAAUUGCGAGACGAAUGGCUAAAAUGCAUUGUCUUCAACUUGAAAAUAAGACAAAAGAGGCUUUUCUUUGGGAAAAAACAAAAAAAUUUAUGCAAAUUAUGCCUAAAAGAUUUUCCGAUUCUCUCAAACAAGCAAAGUUUGAAAUGUUAAUACCACCAUACGCAGUGUUGGAGAAAGAGUAUCAGAUAAUGAAAGAAACACUUUCACGAGUAAAUAGCCCUGUGGUGUUUGCUCACAAUGAUCUUUUAUUAGGAAAUGUAUUGUACAAUCAGAAGGAAGAAAGUGUCAUUUUUAUCGAUUAUGAAUACACUGCACUCAAUUAUCAAGCAUUUGAUAUAGUUAAUCACUUUACGGAAUUUGCUGGUUUUGAUGAGCCAGAUUAUUCUUUGUACCCGGAUGAAAAUUUCCAAAAAGCAUGGUUAAAAGAAUAUUUACAAGGAUAUAACUCAGUGAGUAACGUAUCCGAAGAAGAAGUUAAUAAGUUAUAUUGGCAGGUUACUAAAUUUACUCCCAUGCCGCACUUUUUUUGGGCCUGUUGGGCCCUCAUACAGAGUGAGCAUUCUCACAUCGACUUUGACUUUUUGGAGUAUGCUGCAAUACGUUUCAAUGAAUAUUUCAAGUGGAAGGAAGAAACUUCUAAAUUGGAAAUGAAAUAUGAUUAAUGAAAGAAGCAUUUUUCGAAAUAUUCAUUCCAGUGGAAGCAUUUUAUUGCUUAAAGUAUAUAUUAGCUUAAAUAGGCAAUUGUCAUAUAGACAUGUAUAGAGAUGCUAUUUAUAAAUGUAAUAUUUAUAUUUAUGUAAAUGACUAUUAUAUAUAUAUAUAU